AAAAUCAGCCAGUAUCUAACACACGUUAGCAGAUAGACAGGCCUUGCACUUGGCCACUGCUCUACGCGCCUGACUUAUCUUUCUUUAAAACGUACCUAUUCCUGAAAUAUCAAUUCAACUCAAAUAACAAAUUCGGACAAAAUUUAAGGCAUUGGUACAGAUCAGUCAUUCACCAAGCCCUCAAAAGAAUGAAAAAAAUAGUAAUCUGGGAAACAAUUUCAAAAAUUGAGACGGAAUCAGGAAUAAUAUCAUAUUUUAUACGCAACUCCCAUUUAACACAAUGUUAAUGAUGGGCCUAACCGCUACUAGCGCCGUUAGUUCGCAGGCCGCCGCGAGCUUCACUAAGCCAAGAAAAUGGAUAGGAAGUUGCCAGACCUAUCUAUAUGACCGUGAGUCGGUCUCAGCCGCCAUGUUGGAAUUUUGGGUUCUUGCCGAGUCAGACCUUUGUGAAGAUAAAAUUUUUAAAAUGGGGCGGAGUAAGAUCAAGUUGUGUGGAAUUCCUACCUGUGAUGACGAUAACCAAAUUAGCUAGGCAAAUGUUUUAACUAUGAUUAUUCUAUUGACAUUCAUUUCACAAAUAGCAGAUAACGUGCGGAAAAUGUACAUGACGCUAAUCAUAAUAACGUAAUGUGCAGCGCUAAUAAAGGGGGAAAAAAACCCGUGGGGAUACUUUUAAAACGAAAAUAAUCUCGUGGAAAACUCCCACAGCCAACUAAAACAUCUCAUAAAGCAAAGGAAAGCAGUCCAUAGGUUAAAAUUAGCAGAUUUUUGCAGUUAAUGACUUCGAUUCAUUGAGUACAAGUUCCGUCAACAUUCGACUGAACGCCGCGAUGUAAGAUGAGCGUGUUUAAAAACAAAGGAGCUCCGCGACUCGUGGAGCGCAGGCACGGCGGAAACGAGCAGGCGCGAGUGUCGUGCGCUGCGCAGACGCGGUAUUCAGUCGAGGAUUGCCGGUUGCGCCUGCUAGGGGCCGACCUUGGCGAGUGUCAUUAACGUGACGCGCUGUUCACGCGAGCAGAUGUUACGCAAGAGAAAACAACUCGCAGUGCAGCCGAAGGAGCGGUGCUCAGAAACGCACGGAUCAGUUGAGACGGCAGAUGCCUUGAUAGGGAUGAAGGGGGGAAUUAAUCAGCAAUCCAGAAGACAUUUUCUACGAAGUACGCGUAAAAAUAAAAAUAAAAAUAGCAAGCUUGCAAAUAAUAAAAAAUAUAACACCAUUGUUAAAAAAAAAGUAAACGCAAAACUCACACUCUUUUAACGGGACAGUCGCGUCCAACCCUAAUUCAUGUACAGACAUGGAAAAAAAAAACUGGAAAGAACUAGAAAAUUAUGAAUGAAUGUUCCUGUGUCCCUUCUGUUUGAUAAGAAAACGACGUAAUCACAGAGUUUUAAAAAAUGUGGGAACCAUUUAUGAAACAAUAUGUGCUUUUUGGUAGUCAAAACGUUUUUCUUAACCCUACAUUAAAAUAUCUUUUUGUUGUUUUAUUUGAUCGAUGUUUGCAAAAAAAAAAAAAAAGAGGCUCUCGUUGACUUCCCUGAGCUAGACGACACUAGCCUAAACUUCUCUGGUUCGUAUCCGAAUCAUGUUCCACACGACGUGUAGUGUACGAGUCUGACAAUCUGCACCUAAAUUUUCCAGAGCCAAACAUGGCCAAAAAUAACACAAUGAAAAUAAAAUCACAGUACAAUAAAGAAAUCGAGAUACAGGAAUCGACAGUAAACGGCGACAACAUAAGAACACGACUGGGUACAUUCACAGCAAGCACAUUUUUGUAUCCUGAACCAUCAGUAAAUAAAGAUACAAAAUGAUAAACCCGUGGUCAAAGAGUGGAACAAAGAUAACCACAGUAGCAGAAGCCACACUGUCCAGUGUGGGCCCUCUGGGUCACAAGACGAGUCGAACAAUUUUUUCACAAUAAUUUUCAUUACCAUUGUUUUUAGAUUGUUUUAAAUAUCUUAAAAUGGCCUUGUUAAUUUACAGUUUUAUUGGUUGUUAUAAUUUUUAAAAUUAAUUUUGAUAAAUGGAAAAUGUUUUGGGAAAUACUUAUAACGGAAAUAAGUGUUAAGUUGUCACAGCCUGAAAUAUCCUAGAAAGUUAUGAGAACAUUCAAGGUACACGAAUAAAAUUGUAUUUAGUUUUUAUUGAAUAGUUUUAAAUAAUAUUUAUUAUUUUAAUUUUUUUUAAUACGGCUACUUAAUUUUGGGUGUGUUAUUAUUAAGAGGUGUGCCGGAACCUAAUAUUUGCUGGUGUUGUUGGUGGCGGUCGCGGUCACGUGAGUUCUGGCGCGGGCCGAGCGCGCGCGAGGAGCGGGAGUGGCGGUCAGAGAGAGAGAGAGAGAGAGAGAGAGAGAGAGAGAGAGCGAGAGAGCGAGAGAGCGAGAGAGCGAGUGAGUGAGUGAGUGACUGAGUGAGUGGCCUGUUGGCAGCCGCCGCGAGCGGUCGAGGCGCGGCGCUCCGCGAUCUUACCGGGGCUGCGCGAGUGGGUCACGUGAUGCCGUACGUUACGUUUGUAGAACUGUGUCGUCGGGAUUCCGUGCUACAAGAAGCCCGAUGUGUCUGUGUUUGGAGACGGCUGCAUUUUUCAAGAAUUUGUGCACCAAUUGGUGUGCAUGGCAUCUCUACUGGCGGCACACCUCGUGCAAACUGGUGCGCCGGCCGCCGCGCCGCGCUCCAGCCUCGAUGACGUCGCGGCCCAGAGCCUCGUUUCGUCGCAAGCCCCACGUCGUGCCGCAGCAGAAGUACCUGUUCCACAUCCAUGUACCUAGGAGGAGGUCCGACUCAGACGCUAUCUAGUGGCGUGGCUAUGGAAUUACACCAGCCCGUUGAUAGCACGAGAGAGUUGUCGCGGAAACGGAAGGGCGCUUACAGUAAGGACAGUGAUGGCGACGAUACAGGGGACGACUCGAUGUCUGUUCGCACAACGGACACCAACAAGAAGCAGAACCACAGCGAGAUCGAGAAGCGCCGCCGGGACAAGAUGAACACGUACAUCACGGAGCUGUCGGCGAUGGUGCCCAUGUGCCACGCCAUGUCGCGCAAGCUGGACAAGCUGACGGUGCUGCGCAUGGCAGUGCAGCACCUCAAGACCAUCCGCGGCGCCGUGCACUCCUACACGGAGGGCCACUACAAGCCCGCCUUCCUGUCCGACCAGGAGCUCAAGGUCCUCAUUCUGCAGGCAGCUGAAGGUUUUCUUUUCGUGGUGGGCUGUGAUCGGGGAAGAAUUCUGUAUGUCUCGGAGUCCGUGUCGCAAAUACUCAACUAUACACAGGGUGAUCUCUUGGGACAGAAUUGGUUCGACAUUCUGCAUCCAAAGGAUGUUGCGAAAGUGAAGGAACAGCUGUCCUCUUCAGACUUGAGUCCUUGUGAAAGACUGAUAGAUGCCAAGACGAUGCUUCCCGUGAAAACGGACAUGCCGCAAGGAGUGUCGAGGUUGUGCCCAGGAGCGCGGCGGUCAUUCUUCUGCCGCAUGAAGUGCAAACUGUCUGCGCAAAUCAAGGAAGAAGCUGAUACAACCACUGGUUGCCACAGGCGCAAAAAAACGCAGCAUGUAGAUCGCAAGUACUGCGUGGUCCAGUGCACGGGCUACCUCAAGUCGUGGGCGCCGGCCAAGAUCGGUCUGGAGGAGUCCGAGGGGGAAGGCGACGGGGAGUCGUGCAACCUGUCCUGUCUGGUGGCCGUCGGGAGGCUGCAGCUGCCGAUGGCGCGGCACGGCUCCUCCCGCAGCCCCGGGUCUCGGCAGCCGAACCUGCGGCCCAUUCAGUUCACCUCCCGCCACGCCCUGGACGGCAAGUUCCUGUUCGUAGACCAACGCGCAACUCUAGUGCUGGGGUUCCUGCCGCAAGAGCUGAUCGGGACCAGCAUGUAUGAGUAUUACCAACACGAAGACAUCCCUCACCUUGCGGAGUUCCACAAAGCUGCACUGCAGUCGUCACAACGGGUUACGACUCAGGUGUACAGGUUUCGGAGUAAAGAUGGCAGUUUCGUGCAGCUCCAAAGUGAGUGGCGAUCGUUCCGAAACCCUUGGACCAAGGAUAUAGAAUACCUCGUUGCGAAAAAUUCUCUUGUUUUGUCAGAAAACCAAGCCAUAGGUAGCAGUGCUGUGAAGACCGAAGGCUUGAACCAGUCACAGGGAAAUUUUGAUUUCUUCUCACAAACAGGCAGCGGGGGGCGGGAGAUGCAACGGCUCAUCAGCACCCACAUGGAGGUGAGCAAGAUCGGGCGGCAGAUAGCGGAGGAGGUGCUGGACUCACAGAGGAGGAGCUGUGAGUCGUCUCCCAACAGCAGCCCGUCGCCACCCGAGGCCGGCCCCAUGCAGGUGGCGCCCGGCACCGAGUCACCAAAUUCGCUGAGCAAUUCCAGUGACCAAAACUCGCAGCCGCAGCAAAGGAUGCGAGGAUCGUUGCAUCGCCCAAAUAGUAACACAUCACCAAUGUUCAACAACAUUCGGAACAAUGUGCAACUUUCAGAAGCCAGUGAUCCAGGCUUGGAGCCGGAUGACGAGAUGCUGGAGAUGAUGGGCAACACUGUGUUGCCACCCGGCUCGCCUAGCGCCAACGCGACGGACGGCAACGACGAGGCCGCCAUGGCGGUGAUCAUGAGCCUGCUGGAGGCAGACGCAGGUCUGGGCGGGCCCGUCGACUUCUCCGGCCUCCCUUGGCCGCUGCCCUAGGCCCGCGGGCCGCCGGGACGCACACACUACAAGUACCUGCACUGCCUCCGCGCUCUUUUCAACUUGCUCAACCCACCCCUAUUUUAACAACAUGAAUAUCGACCAAAUAUCAGAAUACAGAGAACUGUCAUGAGUGAUAGAUAUAGCGCCUAGAAAUCACUUCACGUGAAGUUAAAUUGUUGACACGUUUUAAAGAAACAAUAUUUUUUAUAUUUGUGUAAUGCCUGAAGACAAGUUUUUCUCUUCAAGUUGUGGGUCAGUGCAUAUAGCAGAAUUUUGAAAGUGAAACCUGCAGAUAUAACUAUUUGCUGAGCAUCUUAAUUUUAUAAGGUGUAUCAACAUUAUGUGAAUCAUGCAAGAAUACUUUUUUACGUGAAGAGUUGCAUCAUUAUCGAGUUGGUGAUUUUACACCGUUUGUACAAAUACAAAGACAUGCUGUUUAUACCGUCCACAAGAGCUUUUCCAGAGUGCCAUUCAACUGUUUUAUUCAGAUCAAUGUUUCUGCUAACACUUGUAAUCUUGGUUCAAAAAUUUUUAUCCUUGCCCCCAGCAAAAAUAAAAUUAUAUUUUUUUACUUGUUGCCAGUAAGUUUUGUGUGGGUACACAACAGAAAAGUCACUAUGCAAAGUGCAUGAUGACACUAGUCAGGUAUCCAGCAUUAGGUGAUAAUGGGUGCGAAAUGCCACAAGAAUUAACAUAAAUGGUUAACAGCUAACCAUCCUUUUCACACUUUUAGCUCACAUGUUAGAAAGAAAAAUUUGAAAAGCACUAUUCACUAAGACAGGCUGCACUGGAAUAUAAUUAAUUACAGGUCAGUCAAUUGAGUUGCAAUACAUAUCAUUAAAAAAAUAUUCACGUAUGUGCACAGUUUGCAUUUUGUGCAGUUUUUCUCCAUUUACAGUGGGGUAUCACAAGAAAUUAAAAAUACACUGUGUGUUGAUCUAUAAAUUGUUUGUAGUUUCUUUGAUGACCUUUAAGUGGAAAUACUUUCCUUGCAUUUUGUAAGUGCUUAAGCAUAUCAGUGUGCAUGACAAACUUUACAUUGACUGCAGUGUUUCCCCAGUUCUGAAAUAGUUUUUGCAAAGUGAAUUUGUUGAAACUCAGUACUUUGUUCUGACUUCUGUCAUCUCCCGGUCCUAUUUUAAAAACCCAUUGUGUCUGGUUCACUCAGUGGCGUAGCCAGGAUUUGUGUAUGGGGGGUGUUAAGAAGCAUGCCCCCCCCCCCCCCUCCGUAUUAAAGUGGGGGGUCCGGGGGGCCCUCCCCCGGGAAAAUUUGUAUUUUAAUGUGUAAAAUAGUGCUAUUUUAGCAGUUUUCGGUACUUAAAUUUAAAUAUUGUAAUGGUAAAAUUUUUAUUAAUUUUAAUAUGAAAUUUAUGUAAGUGACGAAUAAGAAAUAAAUUAAAGAUUUGUUGCUAAGGGGGGGGGGGGGGGUUUGAACCCCUAAAACCCCCCCCCUGGCUAUGCCCCUGGGUUCACUUCAUGCAUACAAAUAAUAAAGGUGCAAUGUAAUCUGCUAGUGCAUUCAGACACUGAACUGGAACAAAUGCAGUUACAGUUACAAGCUUAAAAUUUAGGUUAAGGAUAAAUACCAUCACAUUUUUGGUAUUUAAAUGAUUUGAUAUUCAAGGAAUGGGGAGGGGGGGGGGGGGUGAAAGUGACAUACAUAAAUCCAAACACUAACAAACACCUGUUUAGUCUACAGUCUUUAUAUGUACAGAAACUAUCAAAGCAUUAGUUGUAUCUGCCAACAGCUACAGUGCCCUCAGAAUGUUAGUUUUUCAUUGUAGGGAUUAUUGUAAAAUAUUUGAUUCCAAUUUUUUUUUUCAAACUUAAGUUUACACGUUUUUCCUCACAUAUUAUUUUAUUCCUGCCUUUUGAGAUCUAUAUUUGAAUAUGAGGCACUCUUUUAAGAAACAAAUUUUAGUUUGGGAUUUGAGAAAAAUUGGAUUUGACCCAUCACCAAUUUUGACGAAAAAUAUUGCAAGCAUCAAUAACUGAUGGAAGUGUUGUGGCAGUAUGGAACAGUGCAACUAGUACCCACCGUGUAAAGACAAUCAUCUAUUGUCUAGUCAGAUUGGCGCAUUCCCCAUCCCUAGUAUGCGUUUGUUGUUUACACCAUGCAUCACCUGAGUUCAUUAGGAACAAAAGCCAGUAGGACACAUACAUACAAUCUUCGAAAUCAAGGAACCUUACACUGAGACAUUCCAAAGAAUAAAACUGUAGUGGCUAACCAAUUAAACAGAGUGGUAUAAUAAUUUCAUGUUUCAGUAUUCCUGGGUUUUUUGACUGACCGGUGUACAAAUAUUCUUCCCUCCGAUAUCCAUUUCUACAAUGAAUAAAACAAAGCUUACUUGGUAUACAUGAAAUGCAUUAACAUGUGGACUAAAGUGUGACUUAGAUACAUAGCAGUGGAUUGUGUAACAAACUUACUUUAAGAGUGAAAAUGUACUGUACUAUGGUGUUUUAAAUGUGAUGUCAAGGCCUUUAAAAUUAGUUAAAGAAAAACAAGCAUAAUCAUUAUUGUGGACUAUUAACAGCAGCUUCUGGUUAUUCUUGUAAUUGGUUCAAUAAGGAGCUUACCACAGUUAAACAUCUGCCUGGUCAAUGCUACUAUUAAAAAUUAUUAUUUUAAGAUUCUUAUCUUGAAUUCUUACAAGAAGAGGCGUCCGAGUCGGGGCUCACCAAUUCUUAAACUGUGCGAGUAGAAGCAGGUAGGUGCCUCAACUUCAACAUCCUAAAAUACCUCGCCUCAGUGGACCUUAGGAAGCGAGAAAUAGACUUUUAAAGAUUUUAAAGUAGAGAUUGAGGAAUAUUUUUUCUUGAAUUGCCAAGUCAGUGGAGCAGCGCAGUGGUCAAGCCAGCCCGCCGGCUCAGGUUUUGAGUAAAAGAAACAUUUAUGAAAAUUCUAUCCAGUAUUUAUCUACACUGAUUUCUAUUUACUUUCUGAAGAAAAAUUACAUUUUUUCCAUUUUAUAAUAAAAUGUUUCAUGACAAAUCACUGCAGACACAUGGCGAGACGCUGUUCACAACUGUAUAGACAGUUUUAAACUGUAGGAAAAAAAGUAUAGGAAUGGCCGACUAUAGGGGAUUUGAAAUAGCUGCCAGAGCCAUGUACUCUGAAUGCACAAAAGAGAAUGAAGAAAAAGGAUCAAAUGGGGAUAUAACAACAAAACGUUGCUAAUGAAGAACGAAAGUCAAAAUCAUAAACCACGCUCUAUAGUAAAUACAAUAAAAAAUGUACCAAUUAAAACAAUUCUCGUUUAAAUAUAUUAACUAAAUUACAGUAAACUUUACUAAAUUGAAUGUAUUAAUUUUAAAUAUAUGCAUUUAACUGUUUAAAUAUAUUUAAAUUUAAAUUCAGAAAUUAUGGGUUUAAAAUUGCAAAUAUAAAAAAAUUACAUCAGUGGGUAUCAAACCUGAUCCGGCAGAUUGUCAGACACUGCACUUGACCACUUUGCCAUGCCACUGAUUUGACAAUUUCGGAAAAAAUAUCCCUCAAACUCUACUUUAAAAUCUUUAAAGAGCUUUUUCUCACUUCUAGGGCCCACUCAGGCGAGAUACUUCAGGACGUUGAAAGGGGCACCUAUCUGCUCCUACUCACAGUUCAAGCCAAAUUGGUGAACCCCGACUUGGACCCUUCCCUUGUUAGCAAAAUAACAAACAUAACAUCUCCACAGUCCAAGUGUGCCUAGCAGUGGUUUUGAACCUCGUCAAAAAUAUAUUUUCUUACAACAGUAUAAUCCUCUUACGAAGUUUCUGGAAUAAUUGGGAAAUUUAGAAUGAAAAUUGUUUUUAAAAGAGUGAAAUGACAAAUGUAAAGGCAAUUUUUAUUGCUGUUAGCUAUAGCUGCUGACUAGUACCUGGAAAGUCAUGGAGUGGGACUAUAACCCACAACCGUGUGAAUGCAAACCAAUUUCUCAUCAGUUUAGUGUAUUUGUAAAACUGGUCCAACACCGAGCCAUAACAUGAAGCUCUGAUGUCAAACUGUUUUAUAAGAUUUUUGUGUGUCACACUACCUUACUGAUAUACAAAAUUUUUAGGUGGCAUUUUAUGAGAUUUGAUUUAGAAAAGCUGCUGCUGAGACUGCUUUUAUUGCACUUACUGUCAAAUAAAUAUCUAGAACUAACCAACAUUGUUUAUAUAUAUAAACCCUACAUCCUACUCUGCAAUAGCAGUGUAAGUACCACUCUGAGUAUGGAUUUUGUGCAAAAGCAACACAGAACUGUAACGUAACUAGCAACUCUUUAAACAUGUCAAACGCUCCUCUCAUUUCCUGGACAAUCAGGUAAUAAGUUUUCAAACCUUUUUGAUUUUUACACUACAGAUGGUAAUUUUGUGUCAUUUCAUAGGAAGUUAAGAACCAGAAAUUAGAUGUAAUAACAUGAAAAAGAAACCAAGGAAAACAAAUCGUAUGUUUCUGGCUGAAAGGCACAUUUGAUAGUUAAAUUAUUAGACAUGAUUAGGAUUAUUCCAAUCCACUGCUAUAAAUAGUUACUGUGCCAUUAUUUUCAUUUGUUCGUUUAGCACAAAUAAAGUGUUGUUUGUGUAUAUACAUGUAUUUCAGAGAAGGUAAUUUGACUAGGUGAAAUCUGUUAUGUGUUUGUUGAGUUCUUUAUAUUCAUUGUUGCUGUGCUGAUCUGUGAUUGUGAGUUGUAUACACUGUAUAAUGUAUAUAAUUCAAGUGAAUAAGAGUACCAUGCAGACAAAAAAAAUUAUUCAAUAUAUUAAGAGGACCAAAGGGAAAUGCGUGAUUGACUAGUGAUAAACAGCUAUUGUUGUUGAAUUGUUUAUGAAAAGGUUGUACAAAUAUCUGUAUUUCCAAUGUUUAAAGAUCAAAAAGUAAUAAAAUAUAUUUAUAUUUAACUAAA